CUGUUUGACAGUCAAGUAGGCAGGUGUACUUUGGAGCAUUGGCUCAGAUUAUUUCUCGACUGAAUUCGGUUUGACAUAUGGCUUCAUUUAUUUUUGUUCUAUUCCCAUAUAUUUUGCUACAGGCCUUCGCAGCCCCAGGUUCAGUGUUCCUUGAUGGGGAGAAAGCAGACGGUAUUUUGUCAAGACGGAGGCGGGCAAACACAGGAUGGUUUGAGGAGUUUCUGAAGGGGAAUGUGGAGAGGGAGUGUAUAGAAGAGAAGUGUGUCUUUGAGGAGGCCAGAGAAAUCUUUGAAAAUGAUAAAAAAACAAUGGAGUUUUGGGUGAGUUAUGUUGAUGGGGACCAGUGUAAACCGCCACCUUGUCAGAACCAAGGCACAUGUGAGGACCAGAUGGGCACAUACACCUGUAAAUGCCUGCCAGGCUUUGUUGGCAAAAACUGUGAAAUAGUGACUGCCAGACAGUGUAAUGUUGAUAACGGUGGCUGUGAGCAUUUCUGUAUGCUGUUGGAGUCUCGUAAGACAGAGUGUCAGUGUGCAUCUGGAUACAAACUCAUGGAAGAUGGGCUCUCAUGUCAACCGAUAGUUAAGUUUCCAUGUGGCAGAGCAGGCAAAACAGCUGCAAGAUCUUUUGUCAGUGGCUCCACUCCCACAAUCAGCACACAGCCUUCCAAUAGGACAAACACAUCAACAUCCAGCAUACCCAAAACAGACGAUCGGACCACCUCCACAGCUUCUAAACAGAAAGAAGCCAAAAUCUUGUCCUCUCUCACUAAACUCCCUAAAUGGGUAUUUGAUGAGUAUUUGACGUCUCCUAUACCAACAGUAAGUGGACCAAAAUACAGAAUUGUUGGUGGCAAUCCUGUCUUACCUGGAGAAAUCCCUUGGCAGGUGGCGCUGGUGUCUCGCACAACACAGCAAGUGUUCUGUGGAGGCUCCAUUCUAAGUCCGUUAUGGGUCAUUACAGCAGCCCACUGUCUGGAGGGUAACAAGAAUGGAUCCUUCUUCGUCAGAGUAGGGGAGCAUGAUAUCUACAAAUCUGAAGGCACAGAACAAAAUUUGGAAGUUAACCGUUCCAUCUUACAUCCUCUUUAUAACCCCAAACUAAGCCUCUACAAUCAUGACAUUGCCCUGCUGAGGCUACACACACCCAUCCGCUACACUGAAAUGGUAUGGCCUAUCUGCCUGGGACCCAUGGACUUCUCAAACUCACUGCUCCAGUCUGGAGGUCUUGCCACCGUCAGCGGCUGGGGCCGGCUGCGCUUCCAAGGACAAACUGCAGUAACUCUACAAAAGGUUCAGUUGCCCUAUGUGGACAGAACUGUAUGUAAGGAGAGCAGUAGUGACCUAAUUACAUACUUUAUGUUCUGUGCUGGCUAUUCCAAUAAUCCUAAGGAUUCAUGUCAGGGGGACAGCGGGGGGCCCCAUGCCAUGCGUCACCAUAACAUCUGGUUCCUAACUGGUAUCAUCAGCUGGGGAGAAGAAUGUGCCAAGAAAGGGAAGUAUGGAGUGUACACACAGGUCGGUAACUAUUACCGUUGGAUCCAGCAUGUAAUGGGUGUUACUAAAGGAGCACAACUUACUAAUGUGGACCAAUGACAUCAAGAUGUGGAUAUUGAAUUCAUGACAUUUUAAUGUCACAAUACACUGUCUUAGGUCAACAUACUCUGUGAUAAUUAAUGUUAAACAAGAGAAAUAUUGUCUUAUUUGAUGAAAGAUGUCUGUGUACAUGGAAAAUGUAACAUAUGUGACAAAGAUUUUGAUGGUAAAUAAAGUUGGUUUGUUAGCAAAUUAAAUAAAUACAAUUAGACUGCUGAACAGAUGGCGAUGGCUGGCCAAAAAGAUUCCAUCAUUACAACUAAAAAAAAGAAAGAAAAAAAGUAAAUUACAUAUCAACAUGACAAACCCAGUGUUAUCUUCAGUAUUCUGUUAAACAAAAUGCUCUGCAGAUUGUUCACUAAGCUGUUAAUCAUAAAACAAAAGCGGAUAUUGAUUUGAAAUGCCAAGCUCCAAAUAAGACAAGUAAAAGUAGUCCAUACGACUGGUGCGCUAUAUUCCAAGUCUUCUGGAGAAACAAUGCGAAAGGAACAGUGAGGAAUCUUUGUGUGAGGAACAGGCAAAUUUGUUGUUAUUCACUGAUAAUCCUCCCCUCUGUCAUUGCUCUCAAUUAUUAUUCACGCUUGUGUUCAUUUAAAAAUGGUGCAUUUGAAAUGGACGCGCCUCCAGGUUUGAUGUAAUUGAUUCCAAAUGCCACUGGUUCUCUUAUCUCAAGUGACUGACAUUGUGGUCCGAAUGCUUAUUGACUUGAGCCCCUUUACCAGAGGCAGAUGCUGUUCUUUUUUAAUGGAUGUCAUGGAGGAGAUGCUUAAGUGCGCUGAAUAAACUGCUUGUUUGUCA